GGCUUGGUUGCUAUGGUACAGAGGUAGCGGCCUUGGCGACGAGUGUGCUGUGAGGAGACUGUUGGGGUUCUUUGCACCCUAGUAAGUCAUAUCGUCUGUGGCACAGAUAUCGCGGAAGGAUGGCCAUGUUGCAGAUCAAGGAUGGGGAAUACACGGCUACCAUCUACAGACUGAUAAAAGAGGCAAGAUACGGAGAAGCGAUACAAAUACUCAGCCAUGAACUUCAGAAACAAUACAGGUCGAGGGCUGGCCUGUCCCUUCUUGGUUACUGUUAUUAUCAGAUGCAAGACUUUGCCAACGCAGCUGACUGCUAUGAACAGCUUACUCAAAUUAGCCCUGAAGUUGAGGAAUACAAACUAUACUAUGCCCAGUCUUUAUACAAGGCAUGUAUGUAUCCCGAAGCCAUGAAAGCAACAUUUCAAUUGGACAGCCCUGCAUAUCAGAGUAAGAUGCUAAAAUUACAAGCGUCUAUAAAGUAUGCAGAAGAGGACCUUUCAGGAGCAAAGAGUAUGGUAGAGCAGAUACCAUCUGAUGAUCCAGACAGCGAUAUUAACUUGGGAUGUUUACUGUACAAAGAAGGACAAUAUGAAGAAGCAUGCAAAAAGUUCAUUACUGCAAUGCAAGUCGUGGGUUACAAACAAGACUUAUCUUACAACAUUGCCUUGUGUUACUAUAGCAUGAAGCAGUAUGCACCUGCUUUAAAACAUAUUGCAGAUAUUAUUGAACGAGGAAUCCGAGAGCACCCAGAGCUUGGUGUUGGCAUGACCACAGAAGGCAUUGAUGUCCGAAGUGUUGGAAACACCCUGGUGCUACAUGACACAGCGCUUAUUGAAGCAUUUAAUCUCAAAGCCGCUAUCGAAUACCAGUUAAAAAAUUAUGAAGCUGCACAAGAAGCUCUGACAGAUAUGCCACCGAGAUCGGAAGAGGAACUUGACCCAGUUACUCUUCACAAUCAAGCUUUGAUGAACAUGGAUGCAAAACCCACUGAAGGCUUUGAGAAACUACAGUUUUUGCUGCAGCAGAAUCCGUUCCCCCCAGAAACAUUUGGAAACCUCUUACUACUCUACUGCAAAUAUGAGUACUUUGAUCUUGCAGCAGACGUGCUUGCUGAGAAUGCUCAUCUGACUUACAAAUUUCUCACACCAUAUCUAUAUGAUUUUCUGGAUGCCCUGAUAACAUGCCAGACAGCUCCAGAUGAGGCUUUCCUUAAGCUUGACGAACUAGCAGGGAUGCUCACUGAACAACUAAGAAAAUUAACAAAACAGGUGCAAGAGGCAAGGCACAACCGAGAUGAUGAGGCUGUUAAGAAAGCUGUAAAUGAAUACGAUGAAGCACUUGAUAAGUAUAUCCCUGUUUUGAUGGCUCAGGCGAAAAUUUACUGGAAUAUGGAGAACUACCAGAUGGUGGAAAAGAUUUUCCGGAAAUCGGUUGAGUUUUGCAAUGAGCAUGAUGUCUGGAAACUGAAUGUGGCUCAUGUCCUGUUCAUGCAAGAAAACAAAUACAAGGAAGCCAUUGGAUUUUAUGAACCAAUUGUCAAAAAACACUAUGACAACAUCUUGAAUGUUAGUGCCAUUGUCCUUGCAAAUCUGUGUGUUUCCUACAUUAUGACUAACCAAAACGAAGAGGCAGAAGAACUCAUGAGGAAGAUUGAGAAAGAAGAGGAACAGGUAGCCUACGAUUACCCGGAUAAAAAAAUCUACCACCUUUGUAUAGUAAAUCUGGUCAUUGGAACUCUUUACUGCGCUAAAGGCAACUAUGAGUUUGGCAUCUCGCGAGUUAUUAAAAGCUUGGAGCCGUAUAAUAAAAAGCUUGGGACAGAUACCUGGUUUUAUGCAAAAAGGUGCUUUCUUUCUUUGCUUGAAAACAUGUCCAAGCAUAUGAUCAUGUUACGGGACACCGUCAUCUAUGAAUGUAUACAGUUUUUGGAACACUGUGAAAUUUACGGUAAAAGCAUUCCAGCUAUGAUUGAGCAGCCAUUGGAAGAAGAAAGAAUGCAUAUUGGGAAGAAUACGGUUACUUAUGAGUCUAGACAGCUGAAAGCAUUAAUCUAUGAGAUUGCUUCUUGGAACAUUUAAAAUAUCUCAGACUACAGUUGAGCAGAUGGUGCUUUAAUCUGAGGAAACUUAAAACACAGUUACAUUUAGGUUAGCAAUAAUGAAAAAAUAUUGCAACUCUGUACAUAUUUCAGAUGAAUCCCCAGAUAAAGGUUAAUUCUGGUUACCCAAAAUCACAUCCCUAGAUGUAUCAAUUAAUAUUUUUACUGUUGUAUCUAUGAAGUACUGUUGUAUAUAUGAAAUAUUAAAAAUAUUUUGUUUUAACAGA